CCGCCAGUUUGUUUACCGCGGCCGUUCAGUCGUGUUCUCUGUUCCCGUGCGCACGUCAUGCCGUCGUCGUUCCGUUGCUGUCGUCCCGUCGCUCAUUGUCGUCGCACCGGUGUGGCCUGACAAUCGACACUCCGUCGUGACUGCCGCCAAACUUCGCGGUGACCGUGUCCCGCUGCUGUUGAUAUUUGUCCCGUUUGUGGCGAACCGAUCGCUCGUCGUCCUAUCGCGUUUCGCAUUACUCCGUCGACAACACUGGCACGUACGUCGUAGGUAACCCGAAUUUAUCUACCCGUUAAAAAAUUUAAAAAAACAGUAGGUCGUGCCGUCGGUUUGUCGGGAUCUCUUCGCUUAUCUCACACCACGAGUGCUAGUCGUUCUCCGGCGGUGUGUACCGAAAGUGUUCCGUCUGUGGUUUUUUUGUAUAUGAUUUCGUCUGCGGACCUGAAGAUUGAUCGUACCCGGAUGUCCGUCGAAUGUGCAGAUAAUUGAAUCACAAUGGUCGUGUUACCGGUGUUUGGACUACUCUUAACUGUUGCAGUCCAGAGGAUAUACGGCCAAUGUGAGUUUCCUGCCCAAUGGUCUGGUCGAUGGUUUCAGUCUGGUGUGAACCACUACAUCAAUAUAAAUACGACCACCAUCAUGACCAAAGGAGAGUGCGUGCAAAACGUCAGCGACAAGUUUCUAAUCGAAGACAGGGACGAAGACUGCAGAAGGUGCCUGGUGAUCACGGAAAAACACCAGAACGUGAUACAGUACAAAGAAAACGCAAUAUGCGAAAAACGUAGCCUCGACGAGCUGUGCGGAGAGAUUACCAGUGACGCUCCACUCUACUCGAUGUUUAGGGUAGAUGCCACUCCAAUCCCGUGCCCGUUUGAUGGCCUACAAGCGCCCUUUCAUUUCUCAUAUAGUCGUGGUGGUUACACCGAAUGCAAGUCACCGGUUUCAAAAGCCGAUUCGUGUACGUCAGACUCGAGGUUGAUGCUCAAGUUUCAAGCUUGCCCGGACGUCCAUAACACUGAGAGCACAGUCGAGGAACUGUUAUGUUUGGCCACGUGGAAAGACGGAUCGACGAAGUACAUGAUCGGUAAGCUGGAACACACGCCUACAUCAUCGGAUGAAGAAAAGUAUCGGUGCUUUGUUGUGGGAAAAUCUAUGGGUGGCACGUUCGAUAUGGCCCAGUCAGGCGAUGCAACGUGUAAUGGUAUGUCAUCGCCCACUGACGGGUCAAGAACGAUGAAGUUUGUCAGAGCGGAGAACCACCACCACCAUGGCGUUGGUUCAGGUUGCCGAUACCCGUCAUGGUUAACCGAACACCACACCUGGCACUCGUUGAACCACGGUCACAUUUACCAUUUCUCGCCGAGAAACGGCACAUUACGGAAAAGCAUCCCAGGAGCAGGACCUGACCACGACAUCCGCGCCGCGUGUUACAAGGUAAUCAAUGUUACCGAUAACAAGGCGCUGAUCAUCACACACUACACUAUUGGGUGCCAAAGCGGAUAUGCGUGUAUGGGGUUUUAUCGCCGUGACAGCCAAGUUGUUGAGGUCCAAGAGAGUGAAAACCCGAUGGAGAACGCAGACGACGCUUGUCGGCCAGACAACUUCCACUCGCAGCAGUUGACGUACAGCACGUUAGUGCCUCCUACGCCCAAAGGUCGAGAGUGCCCGUUCCUCGGCCGUUACGAGAUUAGCGGCGGACUCAACGCCGAAGACGUGGGCAAAGCGUUGGCCGCCAGCCGGCCCGGAAGCGAAAACAACCAAGACAAACCAUCGAUCCCAUGCAACCCACCCGGCAAACAGUACCUGACCAUCGGAUGCAAUUCGCCGGACACCAUGGAAUUCCAGUCUGAGUGCGGUACCAAGACUGUAGCCGCGUACACGUGCUACGGACACUGGAAGAACGAAAUUACCGGUGUCAACUACGUGAUAUCCACGCCACAGGGACGAUCGGCUACGAAUUCCAGACGAUAUUGUUUCAUCAUGUCGCAAGUGAACGGAAUGGCUCAGCAAACGUUGCACAUCGCCUCUGUGAUGGAAUCGUGUCAUCCGCACCCACUGGGUCGGCUUCACUGGGCGUUUAAUAUAACGCACCAAGGUCUCUGCAGUUCCGAGUCUAGCAGCGCCAUCGUAACCGGCAUACCAGUCCUAGUCCUAUUUUCAGCCCUGCUGGCCGCCAUAGUCAAUCGCCGGUGAUCAUCGUCGUCGUCAGCAGUCGCGUCGGCCGGCCGGCCGCUAGACAUUUAGAGGAGGCUCGCGCCAAUAUUAAAAAGAAAACCAAGACCACGUCGCUAAAAAAAAAUAAAAAAAAUAUAUUAAUAAUCGGGCGGUCCCCCGUGUAUACAUAUUAUUAUUAUUAUUAUUAUUAUAUAGGUGUUAGGGAUCGCUUUUAUUUAUUUAAUUGUUUACAUAUUUUUUUUUAUUAAACCGACUUUAUUGUGAUCGUAUUUUUAAACUAUUAUUAUUGAUAUUAUUAUUUUGAUGUUACCCCCAAACCCAAUCUUCUAAUUCUCCCUCUUUCUUUGUGUAUUUUUUUUUAUUUAUUUCAUUAUCAAUCUCUAUCUCUAUUAUGUUAUGUUAUUAUUAUUAUUAUUAUUAUUAUUAUUAUACUUGUAAAUUUGUUUUUUAAUCGAUGGUGCAGAGUUGUUUGCGUUAGUUUCGAUGUUUAUAUAUUAAUAUCGUAAGCGGGUCCGCGUACGUUUGCUAGGAAUAAUUAUAAUAUUAUUAUAUACACCAUGAUGGUUAUAUUAAUAAUUAUUUUUUAUUUUCAACAAUUGUAAAUAUCGAAAAUUGUAAAAUUUUUUAUUAUUAUUAUUAUUAUUAUUAUUACUAUCGAAUUGUAAUACGAGAACAAAUCCAGUGUCCGUGUAAUUCGACUCACAUAUACCACACACGCCUGCUUACCAAA